AUGGCCAAGCAAAGGGGAAGAAGACAAAACAACACCUACAAGGAACGUUCGUCCGAGCAAGCUAAAUCUGGCUUUGGGGCGGACAUCCGCACAGAGGCCCAGCAAACGCAAGAAACUGGCGAAGAGCCCAAAUCCGAAUUUUCGUCCGUUUUUUACGGCUUGGUGGACCUGAACGAAAUUGACUACUUCAAGCAAGCGGAGUCCACGCUCAACAUAAAUGCAUUUGACUCCGAUGAAGAAAGAGCAGGGUUCAUCAGAUCGGUGUUGGAGGAGUGCAGAGGAAAAGAGUUGAAGUUGGUGACAAACCAAAUUUGCUCCAAACUCAUGGAGCGGCUCGUUCUCUAUGCGUCGGACCGCCAGUUAAAGCACAUUUUUCACCAGUUCCAGGACCAUUUCCCGGCGUUGGCCCACCACAAAUACUCGUCGCAUGUGCUUGAAACGCUUCUUGUGAGAAGCGCGGCACUCAUCGAAAAAGAGCUUGCCCAUGCGAACCAUGCCGAGGACGAGGAUUUGGAAGCUGAAAGCGGCGAUGCUGCUGAAGACAAGCAGGUGACUUCCGUGCCCAUGGAAGCAAUGUAUAUCAAAAUGCUUGCGCUGUUUGCGCCGUACUGGUCCACAAUGAUAGUACACCAGUAUGCGUCCCACGUCAUGCGGAUUAUCUUGCUCGUCACCUCCGCCAAGGAGUUGCCUUCUACAACAAUGGCCCACUCGGUCUUGCGGUCGAAAAAAUCGAAGAUUGCGCGGAAAAUGAUCGAGAUCAAAGACAACGAAGACUUCAACCGGGCGUACGAAGUGCCUGCCUCUUUCAAAGACGAGCUCAAGAGAAUAAUUGGCGCAGUGACCUCACCGCUCGAUACCAAAGCAGCACGUGAGUUGGCCAUCCACAAAAUCGCGUCUCCCGUGCUCCAGCUCAUAUUAAGAGUCGAGGGUAUAUUUGACCGCGACCGGCCCGUAUGGCACUUGCUUUUCCGCCUGGAAAAAGACGACAAGGAUGCCGCAGAAGAGGCCUUUGUCGAAUAUCUUUUGUCUGACAGCGUGGGCUCGCACUUUCUCGAGGCGAUCAUCAAAAACGACGGUGCCCGGAUGAAGUACAUUGAGAGAUUGUACAAGCUCUACAUGAAGGCCCGGGUGUUGAAGUUGGCCAAGCGUGCCACCACCGGAGUCUACAUCAUCCAGGCGUUGAUGCUCAAGCUCAAGCCCGGCGAGGUCGAGUACAUCCUAGACGAGAUCAUCCCGGAUAUCUCCGGGCUUGUGUCGAUCUCUGAGAACCAGAACAUAGACCUAGGCAAGUCUGUUAUUGAAGCGUCUAUGUCGCGGUUCAACUACCGGAGAGACGACCUCGUACAGCAGCUUUUCAAGAAGUUUGCACCCAACUACUCUCCGGAUGAGCCCAGCGACGACACCACCACCGAGUUCUUCGAAAAUGUGCUCCAACUCACAGGCUCCACCUUGGGAAACACGCGUGACGACUGGCCCACGGCCGAGGAGAGAAGACGUGCCUUGUUCAUCGAGAAAUUGAUGGAGUAUGACUACGGGUUUGUCGUGUGUGCGUGGCUUAAUUUCAUGGCGUUGUCGCCGGAGAAAUUCAUGCAGAUGUGUUUCCACGGCGUGUUCUCGCAUGUGGUUGAACAUGCACUUGUUGUGAAGCCAGCCUCGGAGGGCGAGCCCAAGGAUAUCAUGAUCAUGAGAAAGAAGUUCUUGAACAUCUUCAUGGGGCACAUCUUCGAGUUGUCGUGCAACUCGUACGGCUCGCAUAUCGUCGACAAGCUCUGGAACUUCACCGUGCUUUUGCCCAUGUACAAAGACAGAAUCGGGUCGGAGUUGAUGGCCAAUCUGCACCGGGUCAAGGACAGCACCUACGGCCGCUUGGUGUGGAAAAAUUGGUCCAUGGAGUUGUUCGUCCGCAAAAAGUACGACUGGAAGACGUUGGUGAAGACCCAGGAACAGGACUAUCGCGCCUCUGCCGACGAGGACACUGCCGGCGAGCAGAAGAAAAAACCCAUUGAGUUGAAGAUGGAGCAGCUCUACAAGCAGAAACAGUACCAGGAGGAGAGAGAAAAGAGAAAAGGUGAAGACCUCGCGUACGCUGAGAAGAAGAGACAAAGAAUGAGGGGCCGCGACCGGUACUAG